AUGCCCCUGACGAGAUUUGCUGCCGAUGUGUUCGGUGUGGUUACAAUUUGUCUAGUAGCUCUCUUGAUCAUCUUCGGUCUCGUAUGCAUUGUCUACUCGUUUUAUUUCCGGUCACGCGUUCGUAAUCAGGACUUGCUCAGCUACUUCAGUGGUCCUUGGAUAAUCCGAAUCACCUUCAUUAUAUUUGUCAUCUGGUGGGCUUUUGGUGAAAUUGUACGGUUGAGUUUCCUGAGACGUGAAGGGAGGGUGUUGAAUACCCUUGACUACAAAUGGCAGGAAAAUGUUUGCAAGGGUUAUAUCAUCUCGAAUCUCGGGUUUGCAGAGCCAUGCUUGUUCCUCACACUCGUGUUUCUCCUGAGGGCUCCCUUACAGAAGAUGGAUUCUGGAAUUUUAGGUCACAAAUGGAAUGGGAAGACAGCAGGAUAUGUUCUUCUGUUUUGCCUGCCAGUGUUUGUACUUCAACUCUGUGUUAUUCUGAUUGGGCCUCAAUUGCGCAAAGAUGAGGCUACCUUGAUGAGAUUGCCCCUUUACUUUACCAGCACAGCUACAUCUACAACACAGAGCAGUGCUGUUGUUGCCCUCUGUACUUACCCUUUACUAAACACAAUCCUCCUUGGGAUCUUUGCCACCGUGCUUACCCUCUACCUGUUCUGGCUAGGAAGGCGCAUCUUGAAGUUGGUCAUCAACAAGGGUCUUCAGAAGAGAGUAUAUACCCUAAUAUUCUCGGUUUCGAGUUUCCUCCCAUUGAGGGUCAUUUUACUGGGGCUAUCGGUUUUAUCUGAGCCAGAGCGACUUCUUUUUGAAGCUCUUGCUUUCACAGCUUUUCUUGCCCUUCUGUGUUGUGCUGGGGUCUGUAUAUGCAUGCUUGUGUACUUCCCUGUUGCAGAUUCUUUGGCCCUGGGGAAUCUGAGUGAUUUGGAGGCUAGGAGAAGGGUCAGUGAGGAACACAAUGAGUCCAUUUCCCUUAUUGCUAACCAAAGCUACCCGGAAGAAAGCAGUAGGAUAAGCCCUGACAGUAACUCUGAUACAUCUACAAAGCGUGGAUCUAUAUCUUUUCGUGCUUAUGGGAAGGACGGGGCUUCGACUGGCACAUUUGUUGAGCUGAGUCUGUUUUCUCCCAGUCGUGACGCUACCCCACCAGGAUCGCCCCCACUUCUCGGCUGGCCAAUGCGAGCUCCACCAGCACUAGCUCAGGGACCGCCUUGA